CUGUAAUUUUCAUUGUCACAGAAUGACAAAUUGGGCCUUUAAUAAAAGUUACCGUAGCCUGUUUGUCCAGCAGAUGACGCUAUUGUAUUAUAACACACCCACUCUGCUAUAUACAUGAUACCAUAAUUUAAAAAAACCAAAACGAAGCCACUCACUAUUAUCGACGUAAAUUGCACUAAGAGUAGGACAGCUGUACGUAAGCCUAUAUGGAUCCUUAUUACAACCAGGGACAAAGGAACCCAGCUGAACCCAGGAGAAACCCUGCUACUAACCCCAGAGACAGAAACAGGUCUUCAGAUAUGUCUGGAAAUGAAGCUACACCUGAUAAUUUCGACAGAAAUGCACCUGACAGCGGAAAUCCACAAGGGACAGACAGACAGGCGCAGUACUCAGGUGGAUUCACCAUGAUCCCACCAAAUGAGUCUCGCCGUAGCAAGAUAACAACGAUGGCUCAGAAAGAAGAGGAAGAGUUUCAGAGAUGGAAAGAGUCACACAGAGCCCCCCCAGUGCACCUGAAUCCAGAGAGACUGGGCGGUGAUGGAACAUUGGCUGAAGCUCGGAGGAGGCAGCUUACAGACUUGCGUUGCUCCAAACUGCAAAAGAAGCUGAAACAGGAAGAUUUGGACAAGAGGAGGAGACAAGAAGAGGAGGAGAAGUCACAGAGGAUGAAAGCCGAACAGAGAGAGAAGGCUGAGCGCCUGGAGGAGAAGAGACGACAGGAAGAACAGAAGAGGAGGGAGCAGUUCAGGCAGGAUCACCGCAGGAGGACUGAUGAUUUUCUGCAGAGGUUUGAGAGGAGAGCCCCGGGUCCAUUGGCAUCCAGCAGUGCCACACACACGUCAUCCGGGAGUGAGGCCCUGAAGACUAAACAGAGAGAGACGCCGGUGAAAAGUGAGAGAGAAGUAGAGGAGGAACGCAGGAGGGUGAACUCAGCCUUUUUGGACAAACUUGAGGGUCGAAGCAGAGAGAGUGAGACGGAGGCAAAGAGGGAGAGUUUCAGUCAGGCCUCUGAAGUGUUUAGACACAAGCCGUCCAACACCCCUGGACAACAACUACCCCCUACUCACCUGAGACCAGAUCCAGGACAGGACCGGGCAGAGGAAGCUGACCCACAGCCUGACUAUGAGUGGGACUUGAUGAAACUGAUGAGCAACUUUCCAGACUGCAGCAGAGUCUUCCUAGAGGACAUCCUUGAUCAGUGCAACGGCGAUUACGAGCAGGCCUACACAAUACUCAUCAGCUCGCUUAGUUGAAUUUAAUGUAUCUUUAAUGGGAGGCUUGUCUUGCUUUAAUAUUGUCUUUGAUGCUUUAUGCUGACUACACUACAAAAUUGAAUAUAUGUAUACCUACCUAUGUGCUUCUUGAAAUCUGUUUUUGAUUAUGUCAUUAAUCAUUGAGUGUUUGGUGUCUUGUAUCUGUCUGCAUGCAAGUGAGUCACAUAGGGUUUUUGCCCUGACAUGGAGUUGAAUUGAUUCGUUUUCACCAGUUUAGUUGAAGGUCAUCGCCAUGACUCAUAAUCAUCAGAUCAUAUUUGAGGCUCUUAAUUAAAUCAGUGUGUGUGCAGAUGGAAGAGGGCUCUACUCAAAUACACAAUGUUUUUUGUUUGUUUUAUAAUCAAAGUCACAUGUGAUGUAUCUAUAGUAGGAUUCUUCCAAAGAUGCAAAUCCAAAUAGGAUUUUCUCUAGGAAGGCGUUUUUGACUGGUUUGAAUUCAAAGUCACAGCAGCUUGAAAGGACUCCAAUAGUACUGAAUAAAAACCUUUUAGUGAA